AUGCGCCUCAUAGUUACAAAAAGUACAAUAUCUCACCAGAAGGAUGGGCUCGCUAGUAGUGUAAAAUGUGACAAAAUGUGCCGAACCGCUCCAGGAGUUUCCAACACUGACUUAGUGUGGCCAAGCCGUGUAAGACUAGCCGUGUGGGUCAAGCCGCGUGACCCCAAGCCGCGUGACCCCAAGCCGCGUGACCCCAAGCCGCGUGACCCCAAGCCGUGUAAGACUAGCCGUGUAAGACUAGCCGUGUGGGUCAAGCCGUGUGGCCCCAAGCCGCGUGACCCCAAGCCGCGUGACCCCAAGCCGUGUGACCCCAAGCCGUGUAAGACUAGCCGUCCGUGUGGGUCAAGCCGCGUGACCCCAAGCCGUGUAAGACUAGCCGUGUGGGUCAAGCCGUGUGACCCCAAGCCGUGUGACCCCAAGCCGCGUGACCCCAAGCCGUGUGACCCCAAGCCGUGUAAGACUAGCCGUGUGGGUCAAGCCGCCCGCGUGACCCCAAGCCGUGUAAGACUAGCCGUGUGGGUCAAGCCGUGUGACCCCAAGCCGUGUGACCCCAAGCCGCGUGACCCCAAGCCGCGUGACCCCAAGCCGUGUGACCCCAAGCCGCGUGACCCCAAGCCGCGUGACCCCAAGCCGCGUGACCCCAAGCCGCGUGACCCCAAGCCGCGUGACCCCAAGCCGUGUAAGACUAGCCGUGUAAGACUAGCCGAGUGGGUCAAGCCGUGUGACCCCAAGCCGCGUGACCCCAAGCCGUGUGACCCCAAGCCGUGUAAGACUAGCCGUCCGUGUGGGUCAAGCCGCGUGACCCCAAGCCGUGUAAGACUAGCCGUGUGGGUCAAGCCGUGUGACCCCAAGCCGUGUGACCCCAAGCCGCGUGACCCCAAGCCGUGUGACCCCAAGCCGUGUGGGUCAAGCCGCGUGACCCCAAGCCGUGUGACCCCAAGCCGCGUGACCCCAAGCCGUGUAAGACUAGCCGUGUGGGUCAAGCCGUGUGACCCCAAGCCGCGUGACCCCAAGCCGUGUGACCCCAAGCCGCGUGACCCCAAGCCGUGUGACCCCAAGCCGUGUGACCCCAAGCCGUGUGACCCCAAGCCGCGUGACCCCAAGCCGUGUGACCCCAAGCCGCGUGACCCCAAGCCGUGUGACCCCAAGCCGCGUGACCCCAAGCCGCGUGACCCCAAGCCGCGUGACCCCAAGCCGCGUGACCCCAAGCCGCGUGACCCCAAGCCGCGUGACCCCAAGCCGCGUGACCCCAAGCCGCGUGACCCCAAGCCGUGUAGCCAAGCCUUAUACAGCAACAACAGAGGAGUGGACAUGUGCGAGGCAUUAAAGAUCAAGCAAACCAAGCCACGUGUUAAUGGCCAAUUAGCAGUUAAAACUUUUGUAAUCAUUCCAAGUCUGCCUUUGACAAUGUUGACAAGACAACACCGGGAUCACAACACAAAAGGAAAUACAGCCGGAGAGCGGAAAUACAGCCGGAGAGCGGAAAUACAGCCGGAGAGAGGAAAUACAGCCGGAGAGAGGAAAUACAGCCGGAGAGAGGAAAUACAGCCGGAGAGAGGAAAUACAGCCGGAGAGCGGAAAUACAGCCGGAGAGAGGAAAUACAGCCGGAGAGAGGAAAUACAGCCGGAGAGAGGAAAUACAGCCGGAGAGAGGAAAUACAGCCGGAGAGAGGAAAUACAGCCGGAGAGCGGAAAUACAGCCGGAGAGAGGAAAUACAGCCGGAGAGAGGAAAUACAGCCGGAGAGAGGAAAUACAGCCGGAGAGAGGAAAUACAGCCGGAGAGAGGAAAUACAGCCGGAGAGAGGAAAUACAGCCGGAGAGAGGAAAUACAGCCGGAGAGAGGAAAUACAGCCGGAGAGAGGAAAUACAGCCGGAGAGAGCAAAUACAGCCGGAGAGAGGAAAUACAGCCGGAGAGCGGAAAUACAGCCGGAGAGCGGAAAUACAGCCGGAGAGCGGAAAUACAGCCGGAGACAGGAAAUACAGCCGCAUAGAGGAAAUCCUCCAGACCUCUCGAGGUACAAUAGAGCCGUCAGCGAGGCACCACAGAGCCGUCAGCGAGGCUCUACAGAGCCGUCAGCGAGGCACCACAGAGCCGUCAGCGAGGCACCACAGAGCCGUCAGCGAGGCUCUACAGAGCCGUCAGCGAGGCACCACAGAGCCGUCAGCGAGGCACCACAGAGCCGUCAGCGAGGCACCACAGAGCCGUCAGCGAGGCACCACAGAGCCGUCAGCGAGGCACCACAGAGCCGUCAGCGAGGCACCACAGAGCCGUCAGCGAGGCACCACAGAGCCGUCAGCGAGGCACCACAGAGCCGUCAGCGAGGCACCACAGAGCCGUCAGCGAGGCACCACAGAGCCGUCAGCGAGGCUCUACAGAGCCAUCAGCGAGGCACCACAGAGCCGUCAGCAAGGCUCUACAGAGCCGUCAGCGAGGCACCACAGAGCCGUCAGCGAGGCACCACAGAGCCGUCAGCGAGGCACCACAGAGCCGUCAGCGAGGCACCACAGAGCCGUCAGCGAGGCUCUACAGAGCCGUCAGCGAGGCACCACAGAGCCGUCAGUGAGGCACCACAGAGCCGUCAGCGAGGCACCACAGAGCCGUCAGCGAGGCACCACAGAGCCGUCAGCGAGGCACCACAGAGCCGUCAGCGAGGCUCUACAGAGCCGUCAGCGAGGCACCACAGAGCCGUCAGCGAGGCACCACAGAGCCGUCAGUGAGGCACCACAGAGCCGUCAGCGAGGCACCACAGAGCCGUCAGCGAGGCACCACAGAGCCAUCAGCGAGGCACCACAGAGCCGUCAGCAAGGCUCUACAGAGCCGUCAGCGAGGCUCUAUAGAGCCGUCAGCGAAGCUCUAUAG